AUGAUUCAGAAGUGGCGCCUUGGGCGUUUUCCCGCCUUUGGAAGCGUUCCAUUCGCGACGCUGGACGAUUACGGAGACAAGCUGGGCGGCCCCAAUAAAUUUGGCGGUGCGCCGGAGGGGUCGACAGGCGAUGGCGGGGGACAUAUCCCUGUAGUGCCACCGGGUGUCUUCUUCGGAGGAUCCCUUCAUCGCCUUCCUCCACAACUCACCCAACAACGAACCACGAGUGCUGGCAGCUCGUCGUCGUCGGGGUGCUCGUCGACCACUUGUUGCGAUUUGCUUGAUCUAGCGGCAGCCGCUCAGCAGCACGCCGCUUUACUCGCUCACCAACACCGUCAGUUUCAAGUAGCCGGCGUGGUUCCGGGCUCGGCGGUGCUCUCAGCCGCCGAAUUGGUGCAGCUGGCCCAGGCGGGGUGUGGAGCAGGCUCGGCGGGCCUUAGUGGGCACGCCCUCCUGCCUCAUCCCUCUCAUCACCACCCCACUAACACGGGGCUCACUGGUGAUAUGGCGGCGGUGUCAAUGCCGCAUCAUCCGGGUGUCGCCGGUGGUCCUCCAAUGGCGAUGAAACAAAAAGCGGUGUCUAAUCCCGCUCAAAUGCUUCCCACGAAUCCACAGGCAUCAGCCUCGCAUGUGUCAAAUGCGAUCCUCACAGCUGCUCAGCCUUUCUACCAGGCUGCUCCACAGCCUGACGCUCAACCGGAUCGACCAAUUGGAUAUGGAGCUUUCGGAGUUGUUUGGUCGGUGACCGAUCCACGAACUGGCAAACGAGUGGCGCUGAAGAAGAUGCCAAAUGUCUUCCAGAAUCUCGCCUCUUGCAAGCGGGUUUUUCGAGAAGUGAAAAUGCUCUCAUCCUUCAAACAUGAUAAUGUACUCUCUCUGUGUGACAUCUUGCAGCCAGCUAAUCCACAUUUCUUCCAAGAGUUAUAUGUACUCACCGAGUUGAUGCAAAGCGACUUGCACAAAAUCAUCGUUUCCCCGCAACCGCUCACCACCGAUCAUGUCAAAGUGUUUGUCUAUCAAAUUCUUAGAGGACUCAAAUACUUGCACUCGGCCAAUAUCCUUCAUCGUGAUAUCAAGCCAGGCAAUCUGCUUGUCAAUUCAAAUUGUAUCCUCAAAAUUUGCGACUUCGGAUUGGCUCGAAUCUGGGAUUCGCGAGAUCGACAAAAUAUGACUCAUGAGGUAGUAACGCAAUACUACCGUGCCCCCGAGUUGUUGAUGGGCGCUCGCCGCUACACUGGAGCCAUCGAUGUGUGGUCAGUUGGGUGCAUCUUUGCCGAACUUCUCCAAAGGCGAAUCCUCUUCCAAGCACAAGGCCCCAUCGAACAGUUGAACUUGAUCAUUGAUCUUCUUGGCACUCCACAAGCUGACGAGAUGCGCUAUGCUUGCGAUUCGGCUCGUAAUCAUGUAAUGCGACUACCACCAAGACAUUCACAAGCGACCAGCCGUUUCUAUCAGCUCAACUCGCAGAUGACCGAUCAAGCUGUAGAACUGCUUCGAAUGAUGCUUAUCUUUGAUCCGGAUAAGAGAGCAACCGUCGAGCAAGCUCUCUCGCAUCCCUAUUUGGAAGAGGGUCGACUGCGUUUCCACUCGUGCAUGUGCACAUGCUGUUACAAUGAUCAAAACGGAUCUCGAAUCAUGACACAACACCUCGACCCGAUCCACGAGCAACCAUUCGAUCCAAAAUGGGAGAAGGAACUCGCACGGUAUUCCAUGUUCGAGCUCCGCGACAAGAUGUACAAGUUUGUCACAAAUCGAAACCCACUCAACGGCAUUCCAUUGUGCAUUAAUCCAAACUCUGCAGCCUACAAGAAUUUUGCGAACUCAUCUGUAGCGCAAGCAUCUGAGUUGCCACCAACGCCCACCCAAUGGGAG